UAAGCAGCUUGUUAUAAGAACUUGUUCUUCAUACGCUGACUUGUGGUGCUUUUCUGUCACAGAGAGAGAUGGCUUUCUGGGUGCCAGUCCUGUGUGCUGUCCUAGCAUGCAUAUUGGGGGGGCUCUAUCUGGUGGGGGCGUUCCGCAAGAGGAGAUCCAAAGAGCCUCCUUUAGAUAAAGGGCUCAUUCCAUGGAUAGGACAUGGGAUACAGUUCAGGAACAAUAGCUUAGACUUCUUGCAAACAAUGCGCAAGAAGCAUGGGGAUAUUUUCACAGUAUUGCUUGGAGGACACUAUUUCACCUUUGUGAUGGACCCACUCUCUUUUGGAGCUAUAGUGAAGGCAGCAAGAAACAAACUGAAUUUCACUGCAUAUGCAUCAGAACUUGUGGUUCAAGUGUUUGGGUUUCACCCUUCGGAAGAGACGCAUAAGAUAGUAGAGACGUCGAGCACAAAACACCUCAAGGGGAAUGGUCUAGUGCUGAUGACCCAGGCCAUGUUGGACAGUUUGCAUAAGGUGAUGCCUCAUAGCUUGGGCUCAGCAGAAGGACGGAAGUCCUGGCAACAAGAUGGAUUGUUCCACUUUAGCUACAACAUGGUCUUCAGGGCUGGAUAUCUAGCUUUGUUUGGAAAUGGACCAAGUAAAGCUGAAAAGGACAAAGAGAGUGCUGGAAGGUGUGACCUGACUGAAACUGAAGGUGUAUUUGUAGACUUCCGCAAAUACGACAAACUCUUCCCACGUUUAGCUUUUUCCAUGCUGUCUCAUGCAGAGGGAAAAGAAGCCGAGUCUCUGAAGAGACAUUUCUGGAACAUCAUGUCUGUGAAGCACGUAUCUGAGAAGGACAACAUCAGUACUUGGGUAACUGACCAGCAACAGCAGCUAGCGGAGACCGGGAUGCCUGAAAACAUGCGGGAUCGCUUCAUGUUUCUGCUCCUCUGGGCAGCUCAGGGUAACACCGGCCCAGCCUCCUUUUGGAUUCUUGCGCACCUGAUGAAAAAUCCCAAGGCAAUGGAUGAGGUGAGAAAAGAAGUGGACAGAACGUUGAAAGAAUCUGGUCAGGAAGUGAAGGCGGGCAGUGCAGCACUUAAUGUUACCAAGGAGAUGUUAGAGAAAGCCCCUGUCUUGGAUAGCGCUGUGAAAGAGACUUUGAGAAUGGCAUCAGCACCUCUGCUGAUCAGGGCUGUGAUGGAGGAUAUGGAAAUCAAGAUGAACGACGGAACAGAAUAUGCUCUGCGCAAAGGGGACAGAGUUGGAGUUUUCCCCUAUUUGUCAGCACAUCUGGAUCCAGAAAUCCACCCUGAUCCCCAUGCUUUCAAAUAUGACAGGUUCCUCAGCCUAGAUGGCAUGAAAAAAGAAUUCUAUAAGAAUGGUGAAAAGGUGAAAUACUUCACCAUGCCUUGGGGUGCGGGGACGUCCAUGUGCCCCGGACGUUACUUUGCUGUCAAUGAGAUUAAGCUCUUUGUCUUCCUAGUGCUCACAUACUAUGAGAUGGAGCUGGUGAACAAGGACGACGAAGUCCCUCCAAUAGACCAGAGCCGCUAUGGGUUUGGCGUGAUGCAGCCCACCCAUGAUAUCCAGGUUAGGUAUAGACUACUCCACUGAAGGGGCGGGCAGGGAGAGCCACCUGUGUCCUGUGUGUUUUCAAGUCAGAAUAUCUUUGUGGAGAAACUAAGUUUAAAAAGUAAUCAGUUGUAUGUUUCUGUAUGCAGAGAAAAACAGUGGGAGAGAGUGAUGUUUGCACUGUAAGGUGUGGUAUGAGCCUUUCAGCUUACACAUUUUAUAUUGCCAUUGUUGUGGAAUGAAGUGAUGAUUGGGGGCUUCUAACUUUUUGUUCAUUUCUUUAACAUUUAGGCUGCAUGUACACCAUACAUUUAAAGCACAUGGCUUCUCUCAAAGAAUCCUGGGAACUGUAGCUCACCCCUCACAGAGCUGCAAUUCCCAGCACCCUUAAUAAAGUGCAGUCAUGUGCUUUAAAUGUAUGGUGUACUUGUGUAAACAGCCUUAGGCAGUUCUACUGAUAAAUGUUAGAAGAGAAUAUUGCUCCACUUUCACGUGUAGAGGCAGGGCCUGGACCAGGUAUGACUGGGCCCUUGGGCACCGACACCCCCUCCUGAUGCAGGUGGAGUGGGCUUAAGUAGGCCCACCUCACUUACCUUUGGCAUCAAUGCGCGCACACGUCUGCCGUCACCCAACCUGGUGGCGGGGCCAUGGGCCCCUCAGGCAUGCCCCUGUCGCUAUCUUGGGUGAUGGCAGCCAAGUGUGCACCGACACAGCAAUGCGGGAGGUAGGUGGGACAGGCCUAUUUAAGCCUGCACUGGGGGAGGGAUGUUGCCUGGGAGGGUACAGCUUCUGCUCUGCAAUCCGCAGCAGCGUUGGGUCAUUGGCCAUAAAUCAACCAAUGACCCGAUGCCAGUGCAGACCUCAGAGCAGGAGCUGCACACUCCUAGCCUAAGGAGGGGCCUUUCCGGACUGCAGGGGCCCUUGGCCAGUGCCCAACCUGGCCACCCACUGGCACCAGGUCACAUGCUCUCUUCCUAGCUUCCAGGUUACUUAUCUAAGGCACCAAGCUCAGGCCUCCUUCUGCUGAACUGCAAAGCAAAGGGGGCAGAGAUUUGCAGGGAAGAAGUGGUGGGCAGGGGUUGCUUAACACGUUUCCCACAAAUAUGCUUUCCUCUGCACCUCUUCCACCUGGUAAAACACGUUUAAUCCUGGUUAUAAGAUUAAAUGGCACAAUGUCAAAGAGUCUGAGCUCUUCAAAUCUCACCUCAGCUAAGUGGCUUUAGGCAAGCCAAUAUCUGUCUGGCCCUCCACCCAAUCGGCAAUUUGGGAAUUGUAACAUUAGAGUUACCUUAUAGGGGUAUUGUAAGGAUUGCUGAGAUUGGGAAGUGAAAUACAUGAAGUGACAUUCAACAAAUGCUAAUUAAUGCUAUUUGUCAUCCUCAUCAUCAGUUCAAAGAGAGGGAUGUAAACAUGUGCUUACGUCCUUCUAAUUUCAGUAGAGAGUUAUGUUUAAUUCCCUUCAUUUCAGAUUUUUUAAAAAGAUGAAAGGCCAGCCGUUGAGGUGCUGUGCUGGUGUUAAAACUCUUCAAAGGUUGUGCUUUCCUCCUACAGCACUAAAGGAUGCCUCUUCCCUGUUCUCUUUUAUGUGCCCCCCUGAGCAUCACCCUCUGGGGUGCUGAGACCCAGAGCUAUUUCAGGUGAGAAAAUCUGACAGGGGCUACAAAUGUAUAAGGCCUUGACUGAGGAAUGUCACCCCAGCGGAGGUGGUUUGUUCCGAAGGACAGUGGGGGUGGAGCUCCUCUAAAGCCCAGAGCUGAGAACCAGACACCCUCUGUCCCUCCCACCCCUUCUGCUCCAGGAGGACCCCUGCAUGAUCACUUGGCAGCAAGAGGGGUGUAGUCGUCCAGGGUCUCAGGGGUUCUAAGACCUCUUACUUUUUUGGAAGCAGGGUACCAGCAGGGUCUCUAGGUCCCUAGCAUCCUAUGAGCCAAUCAGCUUGAAAGGGGAAUGAGGUAGCCACUGAGAAGUGUCUCCUAACAUGCUUCCUUGUCCUUUCCUGCUGAUUGGAGCCAAUCAGAGUGAAAGGAGGCGAGUCAGCCAUUGAGAAGACCCUUCUCAAUAGCUAACACUCUCCCCUUUCAUGCUUAUUGGCCCCUAGGGAUGUCUGUUGCUGUGGGAGAAGGUACUAACAAUGAUCUCAUUCUCAACCCAGAUGCAAAAAAGGAGGGGGCAUGGCUGUAGCUAACAUGAAGGGACCCUGCACUUCUGAAUUUGCCACUACACUACUGGGCAGCAACAUGGAUUGUCCUAACUUUGGAAUUCUAAACAGACAUUUGAAUAUUUUGCUCUUACCCACUGCAUAGCACAGAGCAUAGCAGAUACACAGCUUGCAGGAAAUUUCUUCCAGAACCCCCCCCCCAAAAAAAAACAACAACAAUGGGAUGGGAAGGAAUAAGCUGAAGCUGAACCCUGACAAAACCGAGGUACUGUUUGUGGGAGACAAGGGAAGGCUGGGGGAUGUGGACCUGGUGCUCAAUGGGGUACGAUUGUCCCUGGAAGACCAGGUCCGCAGCCUGGGGGUCAUUCUUGACUCCCAGCUGUCCAUGGAGGCUCAAGUCUCGGCUGUGAGCCGGGCAGCGCUGUAUCAACUCCAUCUGAUAUGGAGGCUGCGCCCCUACCUUCCCAACCAUCUGCUCCCACCGGUGGUACAUGCCCUGGUCACCUCUCGCCUAGACUACUGUAAUGCGCUCUACGUGGGGUUACCCUUGAAAACGGUCUGGAAGCUGCAACUGGUACAGAAUGCGGCGGCUCGUCUGAUUAAAGGCAGCCGCCGGCAAGAUCACAUCACUCCAGUGCUGAAGGAGUUGCACUGGCUACCGGUUGUUUACUGGGCCCAAUUCAAGGUGUUGGUUUUGACAUUUAAAACCCUACACGGUUUUAGCCCAGUCUAUCUGAAGGAGCGCCUCCAGCAUCGUCAGGGAUGCCACUCAACAAGAUCAGCCUCAGAAGACCUUCUCUCGAUCCCACCGGUUAAAACAGCUAGACUGGUGAGGACUAGAGAGAGGGCUUUUUCAAUAGUGGCCCCCACCCUGUGGAACUCUCUCCCAAAUGAUCUCCGCCAUGCCCCUUCUAUGAUGAGCUUCCGCCGGGCCUUGAAGACCUGGCUCUUCAGGCAGGCUUUUGGAGUGGGUUAGGUUUUUACUGUUAUGGUUUUAAAUUUUAACGUUUUAAUGUAUUGUUUUUUAUCUUGUACGUCGCCCAGAGUGGCUGGACAACCAGCCAGAUGGGCGACUAAUAAAUUUAAUAAAUAAAUAAAUAAACAAGCAAGCACACACAAAUACAGACAUGCUCUUUUACUGUUUCUCCCCCUUGACAUCUGAAAUGGUCAAAAACGUUGGUAUGUAGUAGAUUUCUUACCCACCCUUUAUCAUGAGGCACCAGGGUGGGUUACAAGUAGGAUUGCCAGGCUCAGGGCUUGAGACUGAUCCUGUAUCUUUAGGAGAAGAGAAAGUCAGCCAAGUUCAGGUGUUCUUGCAACACUGUAAUGAGAAAAACCACAAGGUGAAAUUCUCCCUUCCCCCUGCACAACUUUUAAAGAUACAGAAAACCUCUUGGUUGCCAGGCCCAACCUCCACGAGAUCUUCUGUAUCUUUAAAAGUUGUGCAGGGGGAAGGGAGAAUUCCACCUUGUGGUUUUUCCCAUUACGGUGUUGCAAGAACACCUGCACUUGGCUGACUUUCUCUUCUCCUAAAGACACAGGAUCAGUCUCAGGCCCUGAACCUGGCAAGCCAAGUUACAACAAUUUAAAAAUACGAUUUUAUUACAGUCACAAGAGUAGGGUGGGCUCUACAAUAUAUAUCAGGUGUCAAAGGCCAGGGGAAAGAGGAGUGUCGUCAGCAUCUGAUGGAAACUACAUAAUGAAGGUGUCAGAUGCACUUCUCUCUGAGUGUGGGGAAAUCCCAUAGCUUAGGGGCUGCUAUAGAGAAUGCCCUCUCCCAGGCUGCAACCCCACAAAUUUCCGUCGGAGGCGGAAGUACCAAUAGGGCCCCUUCUGCCAAUCUUAACACCCAGGAGGGUCUGUAGGGAAGGAGGCGGACAUUCAGAUAUUUGCAGCCUACUUCAGUGUUAGGGCUUUAAAAUGUCUAUAGCAUCUUAUAUUCAUCAUUUUACCGUCUGAUCUAUGCAUAAUAAACUGUAUCCAAAAAAAA